UCCAGUCGGCUAGUGGCGAUUGGCUAAAGGACGCCUACACCUUGGGAUCCUGCACGGCUGUCGACCAUCUGACCACCAGCGAUGUCCUGAGGAAGAGCAUACGUCGUUCUUGGACCAUAUCAAAUCCCGAGGACGAUCCGAAUAAUCCCAACUCGCAGCAACCGGUGGCCGACAAUCUAUAUCCGCAGCAGCAGCAUCUAAUCGAGGCCCAGUCGGCGGGCAGUUAUCCCACCCUGCACCAACACCAUCAGCAGCAUCACCUACCCCAGCAGCCGCGACCCGCUCACGUCGCUGGAUACGGUAGUGGCACUGCCACGCCCACCGCCACCAGCCGGUGGCAGCUGGGUCGCCGGGUCCUGCGUCAGUCCACGCUCCCGAGCAGCCUCACCAACGACCCAGCGCUCAGCGGCAGCGGAGCCAAUCUGGCCAACUACAACUCGGUGAAUCUCACGGCGCCCACGUCGCCGCAUCAGCUGCAGAAGAGUCCGCUUUAUCCGAGCGCCUACAACAGUGACGACGUCAUUCACAUGAACACGGUGGCAUCCCAGGGAAUGGGCGGAGUGGAGGUGACAGUGGGCGACUGCGACAACUACGCACAGCAGCAGCAGCAGCAACAGCCUCAGCAACCCCAGCUGGAGGUCACACCCACGCACCAUCGACUGCAGGUGCGCCGUCAGUCCACAUUGCCCGCCCAGCCAACGCCGACCAUCUACAUGUCCACGUCCCCGAACCGGCUGUACAGUCGCUCCCCGGAGCGCUCUCCGGGCGAGCCACAGCGCUAUCCACCCUUCAUGCGCCAGACCUCGUUUCCGGAGCCGCCAAGCACGUAUCAUCGCACCAAGCUGCUGCCCUCGGGCUAUGAAUCUGCGGUGCCGACUAAUCCGGCUCCGCCGCUUAACUACGAGUCCCAGGCCUCGAGCCUGGCCAGCGAUGAACAGGACGCCGGGCCCAUGCCCAAGCCGCGGAUGACGCGCCAGGCGACGUUGCCGAAUCCCGAUCAGCAUGUCAAAUUGUUGCCCACAUCGCCGCCUAAACGCCAGACUUCACCGCAAUUCCGCCGAUCCCCGGAGUUCAUGCGUCAACAGACGCUGCCCAAUCCGGAGGCCUUCACCAGCGGCAAUACCCUCACCGUGCACGCUGCUCCUCCCGGAAAAUUUAUGCCCAUCUCGCCCAGGGCCAAGCAGAACUUCCUCUUUCCCAGCGUACAGAAUCCCCGGCAGUUCCUUUCGCAGCCCCAUGUGCCCGCGGCGGGGACCACGGAGCUGGGCAGCGGCGGUAGUGUGGCCAGUGCCAGCGGCACCGGUCCCGGCGAACAGUACUCCAGCAGCCAGAGUGUGAACAUUCACCACUCGCGGGAUCCGCAUGCCAAGAUGAUCAAGGUGCGUAGUCACAGCAACGAGGAGUACUCGAACACAAAGGGACAUCCAGAGAACCGGAGGCUGCUGCCGGAGAUUCCCACCACGGCGGUGCAGAGAUCCGCUAGCCGCUCGCCCAGCCGCUUGGUUCGGCAGGAUUGCCUCAAGGAGGAGAGGACCUUCGGGGAGGCAAAGCAGCAGUUCCACCAGUUCCCCGACGUCACCGAGGAACUGGAGAACCGGCCGGAGUACGUGGAUUACUUUGGGGACAGUGCCACCAGCUUUUUGGAGUCCGAUGAGAUGCAAUACGAGCGGAACUACAAUGCGGGCUUCAGCAGUGAGCCUCGCAUCAUCUACAACAAUGGCUCCGACGAUGGAUCAGGCUACCAGGCCGCCUCCCAGAGGCCCAUUUACAGUGCUGAAAAUGUCCUGGCGGACUCCGGCUACGGUGGAGGAGGCGUGGGUCUUGGAACCACUGUGGGGUCAGGUGGAAUGCCUGGAUAUUACCCGGAUAUGGGAACCCCGCAGAACUUCUACGGUGGCGCCGCCUUGCCCCGCACCCCGCUGAUGCACAAUCGUAUGCGGCGACGCCAGUCUCGGGAACUGCAGAUGCAGCAAGAGGAGCUGGCCCAGCUCUCACAGACCACGGAUGUCACUGUUGAACCAGUUGCCCCAUCAGGCGGAAGUGCCUCUGACGGUCAUGCCACCGAGCGGCGGAAGCCGGAGCAAAUGCGCUCUGUUUCCGAGGACUCUGGAGCCAAAACCACACCAAAGCCGGUCACCCGACGCUCCUUUUCCCAUCCCGAAAAGGACACACAGCCCCAGCAAAAGAAGACGGAGGCUUCGAAGAUUCCCAGCCCGCGUCCACUGGCCGACAUUCUGGACAAGACGCGUGGAAACUCCAAGAUACCGCAGGCGCGUCGCCGUAAUAGCCGCACUGGGAUCGGUGAGGCCGAGGAGGGUAGCACGCCCCAGCACAUUUACUCCUUCCAUCAACAGCUUAUGCAUAGAAACUCUGAUUUAGCCAUGCGCCUCAAAAAAACAGAACUUCCUGUCGCCACAGUAGCAGCCAGCGGUCAGCAGGACGAGAGUCCGCCUCCAAAUGCGAAUAAUUCCCAGGGGUCAGAGCAGCCGGUCAACGGCAAAUCCCUGGAAUCCACGGCCAACGCCGAUGACGCAGCGGGAGCCGGCGCCCACACCAGCACCUUGGGCGAGCAGGAGCUGCAGAAUGCAGUGGAGGCGGCUGCCGUGGUCUUUAAGAAAGUGGUCCUGCAACGUCGCAAGGAGAAGGAAAAGGAGAAGGCCGCCGAAGAAGACGGCGCAGAGCAGCAGCUGUCCGCGAUUUCCGGUGAUAUGGGAUCGGGAGGAGGAGGAGGCGCAGGGUGCGAUGCCAUGGAAACGUCAUCGUCAUCGGAGCUGGACUUCAGGUGUUCCACACAGCACGGACGCCAGCAGCAGCAGUCGCAGUACAGCGUCGAAGCUGACGAGUUCAAGCUCGUCUUCCUCAACUCGGAUUCAUCCUCGUCCUGUCACGGCGAAGAGGAGGAGGAGGAGGAGGAACAGGAUGACUCUGACUCCUCCUGUUCCACGCACCACUGCCACAGCAUUGUGAGCAAUGUGGAGGACUGCGAUUGGGAUUACUUUGAGCCCUCGAUGAUCUCCACGACCACAACCACCACAACCACUACCAUGAUUGCCUAUUCGACCGCCCGGGCCACCCCGCCUCCGCCGCCCCGAGUGCGUCAGUGCCAAUCCAGCGACAGUGACUCCCCACUUGUCCAGCGUCGUCCGCCAGGACUGAGAAACAGUUACUGCUCCCGCAUCCGGGAGAGCGACACAGGCACCGACGAGGAGUUCGUACUAAACACCGAGAGCAGUUCGCAGACCAGCUCCGACCAGACGCCGCCACCAGUGCCGCCGCCUCCGCAUCCACUCAGUAUGAAGACCAGGAUUAAGACCAGGUUCCUAAAGAACCAUCACAACCAUAAUCACAGUCGAUGCAGCUGCAAUCCCAGCCAGCAGCAGACGCAGCAAUUGCCACCACAGCCGCAGUAUGUACCGAUACCCGUGCCCGUGCCCAUUCCCGUGCCUAUGGCGGCCUAUCCCAACUGGGCGGAGAUGCAUGGCCCCGGGAAUCCCCUCCUCGAGCAGGACGAUCAGCUGGCCGCCUCGUUGCAGCAACUCUGGCAGGCGGCCGGCCAGCAGCAGCAAUUCGCAGCCAUAGUGGCGGCCUAUUCGCAACAAUUUGCGGCGGCGGCGUCCAGCAACAACAUGUUCGAUGCAACGCCGCCGGUCUCCACCAGAAGCUGCCAGCAGCUGCCCACCACACCACCGCCACUGAUGCCGCUAAUGCCGCAGCGCCUGCGCGGCCUAGGCGGCUUCAAGUCGUCUGCCCCGGAGCUAAGUGCCUCGCUGGGAUCACUGAUGACACAGUCGCUGUGCUCCUCCAUGCACUCCUCCUCAUCAUCGUCGACAAGUACCUCGGGCUAUGGUACGGCGGGCAGGAGUUUGGAGACGCUGUCCACUAAUACCACAAGGGCUGCCAACUCGCUGCAGCAACAGCAACAGCAGCAACAACAGCAGCAGCAGCAGCAGCAACAGCAACAGCUUUACCAACAAAUGGCCAGCAAUGCUUUCAAGCCAAAGCCAACAAGUUUAGUAGCGUCGCGUUCGCCGUCGAGUGAGCAACAAUCCGAAACGAGCAACGCGCGUCGCAGCAGCAGCGGCAACAGUGAGAGCGGGGACGAUAGCAGCAACAUCCACACCAAGAGGAGCAACACCACAACGCCCACAACUCAGAGAUUGUGUAAUGUUUAUGAUAAAACCAGCGAAGGCAACAGUGCCAGCGGCGGCGUCAGCGGCACAUUGCCUGUGCCAGCAGAGACACAUGUUGCCAGUGUCGCCAGUGAUAAGCUGAGCACGCCAGCAACAUCCGUCGCCUUCGCCGACGCUCAGAGAGCGGCGAAUGCCAGCAAAUACCAUUCCGAGAGCCGAAAUCUAUGCGAAACCCGGCCAGCGGCAACAACACAAACCUACCUGGCCAGUAGCGGCAACAGCAACAACCAGAGGAGCAGCCAUAGCCACAGCCAAGAAGAAGUGGAAACGAAUAUACAUAAAAAUCAAGUACCAGCAGCAGCAGCACAAACUCAGACUCAGUCUCAGACGCAAAGGCAAACACAGGCACAAGCACUAGCAACUCCUGCGGUAAUAACUCGUUUCGGCGGACUUGCAGUCGAAAAUGUGGCCAGGCCCAAGCCCAAACCGAGGGCCCAGCAGCUAGAUCCCAUAGAGCAGCACAAAGCUGCCAAGAAUUUGUCCUCCAAUCGACUUACAGAGAGCAACAUGUCCGAUGAGGCAUCAUCACCGGCCGCCGCAGCCGCCUCCGUUAUGCAUCUGCAGAGCGAGAGCUAUGCGGCCAGCAGUCCCGAUGAGGCCAGUAGCACCAGCAGCCACGACGAGGAGGAGCAGGCGGUGCAGGCGAUGAGACCCCGCAAGGCCACUCAGCGGAGCUACAAUGUGGCAGCCGCCAUGCAGGCGGACGAGGAGGAAACUGAGGAGCAAGUAGUGGAGCUGGAGCGCCACCACAGCACCACCAGCGAUGCCAGCUCCAGUUCCAGCUCGAACUCCAGCUCCAGCUCCGAGUCUUGCGACUCCGAUGACACGGGAACCGUGGCCGAUCGCCGUCCCAAGCGACGGCGCUUCAACAAGGUGUUUGUGGUCAACCGACAGCCGGGCGCCCGGCGCCAGCGACGCAGCUCCUCCACCGAGGGCGACUCCCUGUCCUCCUCGGAGGCCAAUCUAGAGGACUCAUCCGAUAACGACACUGACACCGAGCGCACCGACUGCGGCAUAGUGCUCAACUAUGUGAAGCCGCUCGAAGCUGAGGCGGAGGAGGAGCCGAAGGGGCCCGCCGCACGUGAUUGCCAAUCGAGUGACGACGACGACGACGAUGAUGAAAGUGAACGCCACCGCGUUGCCAACUCAAGCGAUGAGCUGGCCAACUGCAUUGUGGUGGUGGGCGGCCAGACUGACGACGGCGACGGUGUGGUGCUGCAUCGCAUGCGAUCUCUGCCAGACGCCGAGGCAGAGCCGGAGUUGGAGCAACUAGAGCGCCGCCGUGAUGAUGUGAUGGAUGCCUGUGAAGAGCUCCACAGCAUCUCGAACGAUGUGAAUCGGCUGCUGGAGCUGCACAAGCAAAACUCCCAGCUGGAGAUGAAGCUGCAGCGCCUGCGCCAAGGAGUGGCCGAAAUCAAUGAGGACCUGCAGCUGACCACGGGUGCUUCGAGCACUUCUCUGGCUGCCGCCCACUCAGGUAGCAGCGCCUCACCUGGCGGGAAACCCAACGAAUGCACGAAUGCAACCCCUGCUUCGCGGAAAAGCCUCUCAAGCGUACCAAGUUCUAAUGACGACGAUGGGAUGUCUACCUGUGAGCAGGUAAAUGCAAAUAGCGAUGGCCAGGUAAAGGUACAACAAGCGAAAGAGGAGGCGAAAGAGGAGAAGGAGGAGAAGGAGGAGAAGAACGAGGAGGAGGAGGAGGAGCAAACAGCUGAGCAAACGCAGAGGGUCGGCGCAUGCAGCGAAGCAUGCAAAAUAAACGAAAACAGCGACUACUCGCUGGACUCGCUCUCCACACACGCACACUCCGACCUGGCAGCGAGUAGCGGAGCACCUGAGCCGCUCGAGCAGGUACCACUCCGCUCUCGUCUACCUGUCGCUCGCCGCUCUCAAGCCGAUGGCGCAGCCGAAGAGCCCAACCGCUAUCGCUCCGAAAACGAAAACGACAUCGAAUCGGAAUCGGAGUCGGAGCCAUCGCCAGUCGAACAUGAGAUGUUAAACGUUGUGGUUGCCCCACGCUCCGCGUUAUACGCCGGCAGUAACAAUAACAACAACAAUAGUAAUACUAACGAUACCGAUACCACGAACAACGAACCUGGCCAUAAUGACGCUUUCGCAGCACAAAAGACCAACAACAACAGAGGCAGCAGCGGCAACAGCGGCAGUGACGUAGUGCUGGCUACACCUCGUGCAUUUGAAAGCGGUGAAAACGACGGCUGCGACUACGACAAGAUAUUCGGAACCCGCCAGCCAAAGAGUACUCAAUCAGCUGGAGCCAUGUCUGGAGCUGCAUCUUCGCCAGCAGCCACAGCAUCCGCCAGCGAACUGGCUUCGCCAAAAAAUUCACUUUCAGCCAAGUACCGCAGCCUGGUCAUGAUCACGAAAGACAACGAAAGUGCAGCUGCAGCAACAAAGGCUGGCGGCGAUUACGAAACGACCAACACCAGCGCUAGUACCAACUCCGGCAACAACAAAGCAGGCCCGGGCCCAAACAGCUUUGGCCAGAACCUCACCCAUGACUCACUUCGCGCCAUGGAACUGCUGAGCAGCGAUCGCGACUCGUACAGUGUGGACUCGCUGAAUGAGCCCACCAUCAGUGGGCAGCCGGAGCUUUGUCUGGAGGAUGGCCUGGCCGACGACGACUCCUGGGUGGAGGAGCUGAGCCAGCACGGUGAGGAGGAUGAGGAUGAGAAUCUAAGCAAUGCCACCACCACGCCCACAGCCACGGACUCGGAGGAUGCCGAAGGUGAGACCGAGAACGGACGGCGGCAUGGCUAUGUGGAUCGAGAGGAGGAGCUGAGGGGCUAUAACCGAUCGGCCAUUGACUUCACCCUGCACACCAUCGUCGAGGAGAGUUGCGAGGAGAGCGAGGUGGCCUCCCUGCGGGCGGACAACGAGGACGCCGAGCUGGAAGAGGAGGAUCUGGCAGAACGGCGGCGACAGCGGACACUGCAGCACCACCAUCGGCUGAGUGCCUCCGAGCUGGAGAAGUACUUCUUCUUUGGCUUGGGUGACGGUCGGGUGAUGAGCUCGAUCGACACACGGGGCGACGACACCGCCUCGGAGGUGAGUUCCGAGUGCUCGGAGAGCCUGGACUCACUGCCGCACGAAGAGCAGCUGCUGGAGAGUGGCGGCGCCUCUGACCUGGCUUCCUCCCGCCUCGAGAAGUACUUCCUCUCUGGCUUUAUGGGCUUCAGUGGAGCCGAGAAGCAAGCGGACAGCGACGAAAGUGGCGGCAGUGUGGGCAGUGACAGUGAAGGUCACCCGAGUCCCAGCCAGCGCCGCAAGCGCCUGGUGCGAGCCAGGGGCACACCCCGCAGCCACAACUCAUCGUUGGACAAUCUCCUCUUGCCCGAGACGGAUCCAAUGGAUGCCACGGUGACGGCUAAUGCUACUAACGCUGCUGUAGAGGACACCUCGGAGUCGGAGGCUGGCUGCGACGACACUGUGAUCCAUCUGGCCAAUGCCGGAGCCUCCGAUGGCUCUUCUUCGGACACCAUCAAGCGGAAGAAGCAGCUGCGCAAGCGCCACGACUCGUUGGAUGAGAAGAAGCUGCAUGACCUGGAGCCCUCCGAGUGCCGGACACCCACACCUGGCAGCAGUGGCCAAGUGCAGAUGCAGUCCCAAGCCAAGAAGCAACAGCAGCAGCAUCACCACAGCCGUGACAGUGGCUUUGUGGGCAGCAAUGAUGACUUGUUGAAGGCGGCACCGGACUGCGAGCCACCCAAGAGCCCCACCUCAGCAUUGGAACAGAUCAGUGAGGAUCGGGAGCCGGCUGCGUCCCAGAUCAGUCUGGCCAAGAUGGAUCUUCCGAGUACCUCGGCCGCAGCAGCUGCAGCAGCAGCGACAUCGGCAGCCGCCUCUCUGGUGCCCAGCCAGAGGAGAAACCUCACCCUGCCCAAUCUGGUGCGCAAGGAUAGCUUCAACAACUGGAGCUCCGACGAGGAGACCAACCUGAUGAUGAGCAAGAUGCGGCAAUUCUUCAAGACCCUGAUCGUGGCCACCGCCAAUGCGCAGCAGAGCAAGCCCAGCACACCCAACCAGGGUCAGGGACAGAGCAGCAGCACCACGCCCAGCUCCCAGCGGAGGCUGUCCAAAUCCCGGCCAGCUCAGUUGGCCUACUUUGAGAACGAGCUGACGCGCCUGAUGAAAACCGUUCCGGGCAUCAACGACGACCAGGUGCGCGAGAUCGUCGAGUACCUGAGCAGCGAGGACACAUGGUCGGAUUCCUACGAUUCCUCGGAUUACACCAGCUCCGACCUUGAAGGUGGCGAAAGGAAGGGCCAACUAAAGGCCCAGAUCUCGGCCAGCUGCCAGCAGAUCAUCAACAAGUUCGAGGUGGACGAGGAGGGAGAUCGUGGCGAUGGCGGACUGCUGGACGAGAGCCAGGCCGUGCCCAUGGAGGCGCUGGUCUACCAGAAGCUGGUGGCCUCCUUCAGCAAGGUGGCUGCAGGAGGCGAGCGCGAACCUGCGACGGAAGCAGACAAGGAUAAGGUCGAGGAGAAGGAGCAGGCCAGCACAGAGCGGUCGCCGCAACUGUUCGCCAAGGUGAUGCAGCACAUCGGCACCCGGCUGGUGGCCUUGAUGCACGAGGUGAGCAGUGGCAAUGAGACGCCGACGCCCUCGCCACAGGGCCAGCGUCACCACCGGCGGCUGCAGGCCAAGAUCUCGGCCACCACGACGGAGGACGAGGAAGACGAGGUGGAGGAACAGCUGAGGGCUAUGCCCCUGAAGCAGCUGAAGCUGCGCAGCAGAUCCCACGAUCUAUUGCUCGAUGGCAUCACGCCGCAUGUCCAUCAUUUGCAUCACCAGGCCACCGUGCAUCAUCCAGGAGGAGGUGCAACGGGACAAGGAACAGGAGCAGGAGGAUCUUCAUCGGGACCCGGACACUCGGACAACGCCGGGGAGGAGUGCGGCAUGGCCAGCGACUACGAGAGAUUCUCGUGGCGCGGCAGUUUUGAGUCGGCAUUACUGGCUAAUGGCGACAGCAGAACGAGGCUCAGCCAGCUGAGCCAACUGGACAGGGAUAACUCGUCGUCUGCGUCCGCUUUGGCUGUGGCAAAGCGCCGAUCGGCAGGCGACCUUCUCUUCAGCCAGCACCAGCAGAGCCUGAGCCGCGAGCAGCUCGACCGUGUCCGCUCCUGCGGCAGCAUCGGAGGCGGUGACGCCCAUCACCACCAGCUGGAGUCGUCGCCAGCGAAGCCCUGGCUUUCAUCGGCGGGCUCCUCGCUCGGCGGUGACUCCACCAAGGAUGUGCGGAGAUCCAGUGUGCCGGAUGCCAUCUACGAGACGGACUCCAGCGACGAGUCACCGUCGAAUCAGUUUGGAGGAGCCCGCUCCACGCUGCCGCGCAGCCUAAACUCUGGCCAGGUGGUGGCCAGCACCAACUCCCUGCCGCGCCUGCCUACCACUGGUGCGGGUGGUGCACCCAUCACCAGCACACCCAAAACGAAGUCGCAGAGCGCCCUCAACUACACUCCCUCCAACUCAUCCACCGUCUCGGCCACGGGCAGUGCCAAGAGUGCGCGGUACCGCUCCCCAGGACUGGCCGCUCGAGCAGCGGCUGUCAAUGGUGGUGUCAGCGGUGUCAGUGGCGGUGGAGUGGGCAGUGCUGGUGGUGGCAGUGGCUCCACUGGCAAGAAACUAGGCGCGGGCUUCCAGUUCCUCUACUCCAAGCGAGAUGCGCGCAAACGUCUCAACAUGUCAGCGGAGGAGGCCAAAGUCGCCGCCGAGGAGCUGACUCGAUCGCCGGUGAUUGGAAGUCGUCAGGCAGAUGCCAGCGCCAGUCCGAUCCAGUCGCGUGCCUCCAGCGAAACGUGGCCACAGCAGUCGGAUGAGGACAUCGAUCGGCUGGUGGCCAUGCACCAAAACCGCAGCAGUCUCAGCUCCCUGGGGGUUCGCUCGGAAUCCAUGGCCAGCGUUUACUCUGGCGCCGGCGAAGGUCGCUAUGGCACCGUGGUGGUCAAGGGUCAGGUGGAGUUUGGCAUGCAGUACAACUACAAGCUGGGCGCCCUGGAAAUCCAUGUGGUGCGCUGCAAGGAUCUAGCCGCCGUUGAUGCCAAGCGCAAUCGCAGCGAUCCCUACGUGAAGGUGUACCUGCUGCCCGACAAGUCCAAGGCUGGCAAGCGCAAAACCAAAGUCAAGAAGCACACCCUGAAUCCCAUCUUCGAUGAGACGAUGCGCUUCCACACACCCAUCUCCAGCCUGGAGUCGCGUACGCUCUGGCUGACCGUGUGGCACUCGGAUAUGUUUGGGCGAAAUGACUUCCUCGGCGAAGUCAGUGUCAAUUUGCAAGGACGCGUCUUUGACAAUCCCCAAUCGCAGUGGUACCUGCUCCAAGAGCGAAGCGAACCCUUCGAUGAGGUGGCCACCUACCGAGGCGACAUUGUAGUGGGCCUGAAGUACAUUCCCCCGGAGAGUCUAAAGUCCUCGUUCUUCUCUCGCGGCUCCUCGCUCACGGGCAGCUCCUCGAACCUUCGAAAAUUCGGUGGCAGCAUCAAGUCGGUGACCUCCAAGUCGGAUCGCAGCACCAAGGGUGGCCAGCUGCAUGUGCUGGUUAAGGAGGCCAAGCAUCUGAGUCCCAUCAAGGCCAACGGCACCUGCGAUGCCUUCUGCAAGAGCUAUUUGCUACCGGAUCGCACAAGGAGCUCCAAGCAAAAGACUCCAGUGGUGAAGCGCACUCUGCAUCCCAGCUGGAACUAUACCUUUGUGUACGAGGAUGUCUCCCUGGAGGAUUUAUCGGAGCGCGCCUUGGAGCUAACAGUAUGGGAUCACGAUCGACUGGCAAGCAAUGAGUUUGUUGGUGGAAUUCGCUUCUCUCUCGGCACAGGUCGCAGCUAUGGCCGUCAGGUGGAGUGGAUGGAUGCCACCGGCAAGGAGCUCUCCCUGUGGCAGAACAUGCUGGAUCGUCCCAACUUUUGGGUGGAGGGCAGCUUGGUGCUACGCUCCAGCUUGGAUGGCAUUCGAGCCACAUUGCCAUAGGGAGUCUAAAGGAGCCAGGAGGUGUCACACAGCAACACUGCAUUGUAUUGUAUUGUAUUGUAUUUGUAUUAAUUAUGCGAUAAUUAUCAAUUAGCGAUCACAAGAAUUCUGAGAAGCAUUACUAGCGUUGUAAGGAUAAUGGCUGGAAGGAUCAGCACUUACACAAGUUAGAGUUAAGUGCGUGAUGAUGAUGAUACUCGAAUACGCCGGAGCGCGGCAAUAACGCUGCGAAAAGAAACAAAAAACUAUAAAAAAAUGAAAAAAGAAAAUGUUAUCAUGUUUAUGGCACUAAUUGUAAGCGCUAUUCUCAGCUACUCGAUGCUGAUAAAAACCAUGAAAAACUGUAAAAACCACUAUGAGACCCAAGGUUGGUCCCCCUAGAUACUAAGCGAGUUUGUAUGUGUGUUUUUUCCCCACCUCUCCCCCCCGAGAGAGGCAAUCGCAAUUCGCAUACUGUAUGCACUAAACUACGAUUAAAAUACCACUAAAAAACGUAUAUAUAUAUACACUAAAUACCUAGUUAAAUCGAGGCAUAAGCUUACCAUGUACAACUCUAUCCGUAAUAUUCGAAUACGAGAAAUACAAAUGACAUUUUUGUAAA